AUGAAAUACAAAUACAACUUGAAACCAGAUGGAACGGAGAUUUCACACAGCAAUGUGUUUGAAUCGAUCGGUUAUUGCCACGGCCACCCAUGGAUGAUGUUCCACAGGGCUCAGUUGAUUGCGUUCCUUUAUGAGAAGCUUAAUGAAAGAGACUCUCGAGUUUUGACGAACAAGGAGGUCGUGAGCAUUGAUACAUAUGACCAUGGCGUCAAGGUUAGGUGCUUGGACGGAAGUGUUUUCGAAGGAUCAAUCGUCAUAGGUGCCGACGGCGUCCACAGCACCGUGAGAUGCUUAAUGAACCGAGUCGCGGCUGCACCAGCCAAUGUCUUGCCAAUUACAGAUGCACCUUUUGUGACGUACUACCGCGGGUUGUACGGCCACGGACCGCGUCCUGAGGUGUUGCAGCUACAUACAAUGUACGAGACCCAUGGAGAUGACUUUACUAUCCAGGUCAACGUUAGCGCAGAGCAAGUGAGCUUCUUCAUCUACGAGCGGCUUCCCAAGCCGACCCGUGAACGGCUCCAUUAUUCAGCGGCUGAUACCGAAAAGUUCGCCAAGAGAUUCGCGCAGCAGCACGUCACCCAGCAACUCAAGUUCGGAGACCUUUGGGCUUCCCGCAAGUGGGCUAAACUCGCGAAUGUCGAGGAGGGCAUUGUCAAGACUUGGCACUGUGACCGUAUCGUCCUGCUUGGGGAUGCUGCACACAAGAUGGCGCCGAAUGCCGGGUUGGGCCUUAACUGUGGAUUGCAGUCGGCUGUUGUGCUAGCGAACAUUCUCCGAGGUCAGCUGUCCCGAAGCUCGUGUCCGGAUACGAAGUCUCUUGUGGAUUGUUUCGCGAAGUAUCAGGCAUCCAGAUUCAGGGAUGUCAAAAGGACAAUUGACAUCUCGGGUCUGUAUACCAGAGUGGUAGCCUGGCAGAAUCUUGCCUGGAAGAUCAUAGACUUGCACGUUUCUCCACACACGGGUGGAGAUAUUCAACUGGUCAAGACUUUGAUAUCACCCCUGAUACAGAAGGGAGCUGUUUUAGACUUCAUUUCCGAGAGUGCCUUCCAACAGGGGAAGCUGCCAUGGAGACAUACGCCUAUAGUCUGCAAGAGGACUUGA